AUGCGCGCCCUCGACGACUACUACGAAAAGAACUACCCCGAGUUCGUGGCCCUCCGAACCAAGUGCAAGGAGAUCCUCCAGGAAGAAGAAGAUCUCUCCGAAAUUGUGCAGCUGGUCGGAAAGGCCUCCUUGGCCGAGUCGGACAAGAUCACACUCGAAGUGGCGAAGCUGAUCAAGGACGACUUCCUGCAACAGAACGGUUACACUCCAUAUGAUCGGUUCUGUCCCUUCUACAAGACUGUCGGCAUGCUGAAGAACAUGUAAGUUUGAGGAAAAUUGAAAUGUACAUUGGGGGGACCUGAUCCAGUGGAAAAGACGUACCAUUUUGCAUCCAGGAAGCAUCAAAAAAUGUGGCCAAAUACCUCCGUCUAGAAGUGAAAAAACUCCGCUUUUGAAGAGCGCGCCAGCUCUUUUUGUGAGGAAAAAGGGCGCGCCAUUCAAAACGAAAUUUUUCACUUGGAGAGGGAAGCAUUUUGCCACAUUUUUGAUACUUCCCGGAGGCAAAAUGAUACGUUUUUUGCCACUGGACCACUGGCCCCCCUACUGCCUAUACGUGUAACCUUCAAGGAGCCCUCCACUUGCUCAGUGAAUGAGGAGCUGGCGUUGGCUGGAGAUACAAAACUUGAAGACAAUAAGUCUAGUAUAAAAUACAUUUUUUAGGGUCUCCUUCUACGACCUGGCCCGUCACGCCGUCGAAACCACCGCCCAAUCCGACAACAAGAUCACAUGGAACACCAUCCGCGACCACAUGGGAGACCUCAUGUAUCAACUCUCCUCCAUGAAAUUCAAGGUGGGAAAAGAGAAAAGUUUUUGUGUUGUUUAUUGCUUUAGAUACGAGGGAUUAAUCUGAAGUGCAGGGCUUCCGAAGAUUUGCUUUAUGUGGAUUAAUAAGCUUUGGGCAGUGAUUAGAUACCAGCAAGGCGCGGGAUUAAGAUGUAGAAACCUGGGAAUACGGUAGAAAUGAGGAGUGAUCUUGGGUUGAAAAAGUUGUAUUUUUUGGAAAGUUUUUGGGUUGAUAGGGAAAUUAGGGUGGAAUUAGAGAUUUGGAGGGGAUUGAAUUUAUUUUUAUGAAAAAUUUGAGAUGUUUUGGCAUGGAUAAGAUAGCGAAAAUGCAGUGAAAUAAAAAAAUUUCGCUUUCAGGACCCCGUGAAAGACGGCGAAGACAAGAUCAAGAAGGAAUACGACGAACUCCUCGAGCAAAUGCAGACCUCCUUCCGCAACCUGGAAGACUCGUAG